CCAGGAAGCGAACAUCUCCACAGGACACAGACACACACACACACGUGAUAUCUUUUUAGUUUUACUUCUCUGUCAGAUGAUUUUAGUGCCUUAGAAACCGCUUGCUCGAGCAGUCGUGUGCAGACAACAUUUUGUGCGUUCCCUGCAUUUAGUACACAUAAUUGGACGUAUAAGGUAGAGUUGUAACAUGGCUUGUGCUCAGCGCUACGUCAACAAAGUUGUCAUCGUCACCGGGGGCACUAGAGGCAUUGGAAGGGGUAUCGUUAAAGCGUUUGUGCAAAAUGGGUCCAAAGUUGUCUUCUGCGCUAAAGAGACUGAGUUGCCAGCUGGCCAGUCUCUUGAGUCUGCGCUGAAUGAGGAAGGACCGGGAUCAUGCAUGUUUUUGUCAUGUGACGUGACGAAAGAGGAUGACAUCAAGCAUUUAAUAAGUGAGACGAUUGAGAGGUUUGGACAAAUCGACUGUUUGGUGAACAACGCUGGCUGGCACCCCCCUCACAAGCCCACAGAUGAAACCACUGCAGAGGAGUUUAGAGACCUGCUUAAUCUGAACCUCAUCAGCUGCUUCCUUACAUCCAAGUAUGCACUGCCAUUCCUGCGCAAAACACAAGGAAACAUCAUCAAUUUGUCCAGCCUUGUUGCCUCAAUAGGUCAGAAAGACGCAGCUCCCUAUGUGGCAACCAAGGGGGCGAUCACCGCCAUGACUAAAGCAAUGGCUGUGGAUGAGAGUCGCUAUCAAGUGAGAGUGAAUUGCAUCUCUCCUGGCAAUAUAAGGACACCUCUGUGGGAGGAGCUUGCAGGCCAAACCGAAAACCCUUCUGCUACUAUUAAGGGGGGAGAAAAUGCUCAGGCACUAAAUGGACGCUUUCUUCAUCCUCUCUCCCUGUCAUGUGGGUCGUUGCGGUUCGUCAGUUCCUCCUUCAAGGCUGCAGAUCUUACCAUAGAGAGGAACCCUGUACUGAAGCCAAAGCCAGACCCUUCAACUCUUGUGUUUGGCAAGCAGUUUUCAGACCACAUGCUGACCGUCAAUUGGUCUGCUGCAGGAGGAUGGGAGGCACCUCAGAUCAAGCCCUUCCAGAAUCUGUCCCUUCACCCUGCUUCCUCAGCCCUACAUUACUCCAUAGAGUUGUUUGAGGGCAUGAAGGCCUUCCGGGGAGUAGAUAACCACAUUCGUCUCUUCAGGCCAAUGUUGAAUAUGGAGCGCAUGUACCGGAGCGCUGAAAGGAGCUGCCUACCUUUGUUUGAUAAGGUCGAACUGUGGAAGUGUAUCAAUAAGCUGGUUGAGAUCGAUCAAGAAUGGGUUCCUUACUCCACAGACGCCAGCCUGUACAUUAGACCAACGUUUAUAGGAACUGAACCUUCUCUAGGUGUGUCUCGAGCAGGUCACGCUUUGCUCUUUGUCAUUGUUGGACCUGUUGGACCUUAUUUUGCCACUGGAGGCUUUAGUCCAGUGUCUUUGCUGGCAGAUCCUCGAUACGUUCGGGCCUGGAGGGGUGGCGUUGGAGAAUACAAGAUGGGAGGUAACUACGGACCGACGAUCGCUGUUCAGAGCGAGGCGGCCAAACAGGGCUGUCAGCAGGUCCUCUGGCUGUACGGAGAGAAUGAGGAGAUCACUGAGGUCGGAACCAUGAACCUCUUCAUCUACUGGACCACAGAGAAAGGAGAGAAAGAGCUUGUCACCCCUCCACUUGAUGGCGUCAUUCUUCCAGGAGUCACCAGGCAGUCAUUGCUGGACCUCGCCAGAGAAUGGGGGGACUUCAAAGUAACAGAGCGUCGAGUAUUAAUGAAGGAGCUGAUAGGCGCUUUAGAUGAUGGACGGAUUCUGGAGGUGUUCGGUUCUGGUACUGCAUGUGUGGUGUGUCCAGUUGGCAGUCUGCUCUACAGAGGAAAGACCUACCAAAUUCCUACAAUGAAGAACGGUCCAGACCUUGCCAAGAGAUUCCAUAAGGAGCUCACUGACAUCCAGUAUGGCCGCAUUCAGAGGGACUGGGCACCGCUGGUCAUCUAACUGAUCUGAUGCAGGUUUCAUGUCUAAAACCUCUCAUCUCAUGAGUUUGUGUGUGGACUAAACAGACAGGGCUGUUAUUCUACAGUAACAACCUUUCUAAAUGGAAAAUCACCUAUAUAUAUAUAUAAAAAUAUGCAGUCUUUCCAAAUGACCUUACAUCCUGCUUGCUUAGAGAUGCAAAUGGCACAAUUUGUAGCACUAGAAAUCGUCCUUAAAUCUGUCGAGCACAAGCGUCAUAAGCCAUAUAUAACUAAUAACAAAGGCACAAGCAAAUGUGUUCUCCUUGCAGUAGUUGCUGAUCCUGUUUUGUUUUUUUCUCCAACCAGUCAUGCUUUCGUUGUUUCCAUUUUGUCUCCAAAAAUAGCUAAAAACUACAACUUUUAACUGUACUAACAUUUCAGUUUUUAUAUUGAGGGAAUGGUGAUAAGAAAUCAGGCAGUUGAGAAGGAUCAGUCUUCAGCACAUAUUGAUUUUAAUGUAGAUGUUCAUUUACUGAGCUGCUUGUUCUUUUUGUGUAAUGUAAGAGAACAAAUGUCAUGCUUUUUUUUACUAUCAAGGGGAUAUACAUUUAUUCAUCAUGCUUUAAACAGUUCUGUUUUCUUUUAAAAGACACUAAAUUGGUCUUCAUAUGUCCAAAUGUAAACAAAGUGUAAAUUAAUGUAUAUGUCUAUCUAGAGAAGGGUGCUACUUCAAGUACAAUAUAUUUUCGCCAGAUUUAGAUGAUUUAAAACCAUGAGCUGAACUUAUGCACGCACAAAGGGCUUCAUGACAGCCCGGACAUAGCAGCUCUAGAGACCACUAGAAAAAUGUUGACGUGAUAAUCGUAGGUGAUCAUCGCUAGGCUGUGUUUGUGUUAUCUAAUUGAUAUCUGGAACUACAAUGUGACCUGUAUGUACAUGUGUGUGAAAUAUGUAAUGUUCGCUGAACAUGUAGAAUGUAUCGGUUUUAACUUAUUUCUGGUGUUGUUUUAGUGGUUAUAUGGCUAGAAUACCCAUCGGCUGUGGUUUUUUUUUUUUUUUUUUUUUUUUUUAACUCUUUGUGAACACCCCCUUAUUUCAAAUUUUUAAACUUGCAUUUUAAUCCGUACACUCCACAUCUGUUUUCUAUCUAAGUGCCUGAUGGAGUUGACUGUUACUUUCUCUUUGAGUUCACCAUCUUUCACAUAUGUCAUUACUGUGCUGAGUGGGGCUGCUGUUGUGUUCAUGAUUGGUUGGUUUUGGUGGUUUUUGGAGUAGAUGUCUUUACUUUUCCUGUUACUGUAUUUUUACAAAUAAACUCAAUUUGUGUCCAAA